AUUUUUCGGGAAUUUUUUGGGAAUUUUUGGGAUUUUUUGGGAUUUUUUGGGAUUUUUUUGGGGGCGUCUCCCCCCCGUUUGUGGCGGGUGGGGGAGGGGCUGCCGGCAGCUGAGGAGGAAGAGGAGGAGGAGGAUGAAGGCUCCUCCCUCCACGGCGAGGCCGAAGGCUCCAGAGGAGGAGGAGGAAGAUGAAGGCUCCUCCUCCACGGCGAGGCCGAAGGCUCCAGAGGAGGAGGAGGAGGAGGAGGAAGAUGAAGGCUCCUCCCUCCCUGGCGAGGCCGAAGGCUCCCAGGAGAGCAGCAGGAGGAGGAGGAGGACGACGAAGGCUCCCAGGAGGAAGAGGAGGGGGAUGAAGGCUCCGGAGGAGGAGGAGGAGGAGGACGAUGAUGAUGAUGAAGGCUCCGGAGGAGGAGGAGGAGACUCUUCAAUCCAUGGCGAGGCCGAAGGCUCUCAGCAGGAGGAGGAGGAGGAUGAGGAUGAUGAAGGCCCAGGAGGAAGAGGAGGACGAUGAAGAUGAAGGUCAGGAU